AUGGCUCAAAGAUUGCAUCUUCUUCUCUCUAUAAUCUUCUUUGUUAAUCUAAUUUGUUUUUCAAGUCAACAAGACUUUAGUUUCAUCUACAAUGGCUUUAACCAAGGCCAAGCCAACCUUCACCUUGACGGUGCGGCAAGAAUCCAAUCCCCAGAUGGACUUUUGCAGCUAACCAACGCCACAACUCAACAAAUGGGUCACGCUUUCUUCAACCGCCAGUUCGAUUUCGGUUCAGCUUCAUCUCACUCUCUCUCUUUCUCGACUCAUUUCGUAUGCGCUCUGGUCCCUAAACCAGGAGUUGAUGGUGGUCAUGGGAUUGCCUUUGUUCUAUCAUCUUCAAUGGAUCUCACACAUGCAGAUCCAACUCAAUACUUAGGACUCUUCAACAUCUCUACUAAUGGAUCUCCUUCUUCUCAUCUUUUAGCUAUUGAGCUAGAUACGGUCCAGAGUGCAGAGUUUGAUGACAUCGACAAGAAUCAUGUCGGAAUAGACGAAAACAGCCUCCAAUCCGUUGUGUCUGCUUCAGCUUCUUAUUAUUCUGACAGAGAAGGGACGAAUAAAAGCUUAACACUCUUGAGUGGAGAUCCUAUACAGAUAUGGAUUGAUUAUGAAGAUACUCUACUCAAUGUUACAUUAGCUCCUCUAAGAAAUCAGAAGCCAAGUAAGCCUCUUUUGUCAAGAACCAUCAAUGUCACUGCAAUGUUCCCGGAUCGAAAAGCUUUCAUCGGGUUUUCGGGAGCAACUGGUUCAUUGAUUAGUUACCAGUACAUCUUAGGGUGGAGUUUUAGCAGAAGCAGAGCUUCUUUACAGAGCCUUGACAUCUCUAAACUUCCCAGGGUUCCUCGUCUCACCAAACCAAAGAAAAUAUCUCCUCUGCUUAUUGUUCUACUGGUUAUACUCGCACUCAUAGUAAUCGCGGUUCUAGGAGGACUUUGUAUCUACAGGAGAAGGAAGUAUGCAGAAGUCAAAGAGGCAUGGGAGAAGCCAUACGGUCCACUUCGUUAUUCCUACAAAUCUUUAUAUAAAGCAACAAGAGGGUUUAACAAAGAUGAUCGUCUUGGAAAAGGCGGUUUUGGAGAAGUCUUUAAAGGAAAUAUGCCUCUUGUAGGAGAUAUAGCUGUGAAGAGACUAUCACACGAUGCAGAGCAAGGGAUGAAACAGUUUGUGGCUGAGGUUGUGACAAUGGGAAGUUUACAGCACAAGAACUUGGUUCCUCUUCUCGGGUAUUGCAGGCGAAAAGGCCAGUUAUUGCUGGUCUCUAAGUACAUGGAAGGAGGUAGCGUUGAUCAAUACUUGUUUCACGGCGAUAAACCGCCUCUUUCGUGGUCUCAAAGAAUUGCGAUUUUGAAAGAUAUCGCAUCUGCGCUCUGUUACUUGCAUACAGGAGCUAGUCAAGUUGUUUUACACAGAGAUAUCAAAGCUUCUAAUGUCAUGUUAAAUGGAAAUUUGCAAGGGUUUUUAGGAGAUUUUGGAAUGGCUAGGUUUGAUGAUCAUGGAGCUAACCUCUCUGCAACAGCAGCUGUAGGAACCAUUGGUUACAUGGCGCUUGAGCUAACAUCAACAGGGACUUCAACUAAAACCGAUGUAUAUGCGUUUGGUGCAUUCAUGCUUGAAGUAACAUGUGGGAGGAGACCAUUUGAUCCCGAUAUGCCGGUUGAGAAACGGCAUUUGGUCAAGUGGGUUUGUGAAUGCUGGAGAAAGGGUUCUCUAUUUGAUGCUAUAGAUACAAGAUUGAGAGGUAAAUUCAUACCCGGGGAAGUCGAGGUGGUUCUCAAACUCGGGUUGCUCUGCACAAGCAUUGUACCAGAUUCAAGACCAACAAUGGAACAAGUGGUGCAGUACAUUAACAGACACCAAACGAUGCCUGAUUUUUCUCCAGAUACUCCGGGAAUCGGAGUUUCUACUCCAGUGUUAAUGGGAGUACCUUCUUUGGUACUCACUUCCACGUCAGGGACCUCAUCAGCAUCGCCACCAUCAGUCUCUUCUUUCUCGGCAAAUAACUCAAUGUUCAUUUCUCACACAAUCAUUAAUGGUGAUGGUAGAUGA